AGACAGCGCGUGUCGCGGUGUCCAGUCGAACCGCCAGUAUCCCAGAAUUCCCUUGCCGGGCACAGGCUCCAGUGUCCGCCGAGAGGGGGUUGAGGGCCAGGGGAUACAGACAGCGGGAGUCCAGUACCAGGGCAGGGAUAACGGGAGUGUAGCAGGGGCGGGGGUGAGGGUGUCUUUCAGGGGUACGGCAUCAAGGUGGGUGUGGUCGGGUCCCGGCCUGAGGCUGGGCUGGGCUGCUGCUGCUGUUAUUUCUGUCACGGGCAGGAGGAGGGGGGUAGUGGAGGGAAUGAGGGUGUCCUAUGGCCAGGUAGGGUGCUGGGUCAGACGGGCAUCCUGGGCUGAGUACUGACUGAAGAGGGAGGGAGGAAGGUAUUUGUCAGAGCGUGGAGAAGGAGAGUGGUGUGUGUCUGUGUCGCCAGUGUGGGGUUGGGACGGAGGGUAUAGCAGAUCUUUGUCGUCUAGGCUGAGUGAAGAUGGGAGACUGAGAAGGCAGCUUGAGAAACAACUGCCCCUCCCCUCCAAACCACUCACUCACUGCAAGCCACAGGGAGCCGCAGCACAGAGAUGAAAGAGCCGCGGGUUGCCGACCUAUGCCAUAGCUGCAUUACGUGACUCCUGUGAUCCACACUUCUGUAUAUGCGAGGGCAACUGUUAUGGAGAAUGUUGCAGAGAAACCUUUGGAAAGUGCGCCUAGUCAAGUAAAGGAAGUAAGAGGAAAGCACGAGAUUAUCAAUUCUCUCAUCUCUGGGGCAAUCGCUGGUGCUGUGGCAAAGACAACAGUGGCACCACUGGACAGAACUAAAAUCAUAUUUCAAGUAUCUUCAAGCAAGUUCUCAGCUAAGGAGGUUGUGAAGCUGAUUUACAGAACUUACCGUAAGGAAGGCUUCUUCAGCCUGUGGCGAGGUAACUCUGCCACCAUGGUUCGUGUCGUUCCUUAUGCUGCACUGCAGUUCUGCUCUCACGAGCAGUACAAACACAUUCUGGGAACCUACUACGGAAGCCAUGGAAGACCUCUCCCUCCUGUACCGCGGCUGCUGGCCGGGUCGUUGGCAGGAAUUACUGCCACCACGCUGACCUACCCACUGGAUCUAGUGCGGGCGCGAAUGGCUGUCACUCCCAAGGAAAUGUAUGGAAAUAUUCUGCAUGUCUUCAUCCGCAUAUCACGGGAAGAAGGAGUGAAGACACUGUACAGUGGGUUUUGUCCAACUAUGCUCGGAGUAAUCCCAUACUCUGGCCUCAGCUUCUUCACCUAUGAAACAUGCAAAAAGCUACAUGCAGAGUACACAGACAGACUGCAGCCAUACCCUCACGAGCGGAUGCUGUUCGGAGCCUGUGCUGGGCUCAUCGGUCAGUCGGCCUCCUACCCGUUAGAUGUUGUGAGAAGGAGGAUGCAGACAGCAGGUGUGAAGAGCCAUACAUAUGGUGGCAUCGUGGAGACCAUGGUCCAGCUCGUGAGGGAAGGUGGUCUGAUCGGGGGCCUCUACAAGGGCCUCAGCAUGAACUGGAUAAAGGGCCCCAUUGCAGUGGGCACCAGUUUCACCACUUUUGACCUCAUGCAGAUCGUACUUCGCAAAUAUCAAGAGCACUAUACCUUACAGAGGUAGUGACAUGAAGAGAUCCUGGAGUCUUAAGAACUGGAUCGGAAUAAUCACUUAUACUAAAGUGUCCAGAACGGGAACUGGUGAUUACUAGACAGGGGAUUAACAAGUUAGAGUAACAGCGGAGGCUGGCAUGCUGACAAAGCAAGGUGCAUUCCUCGGAGUGCUGUCAAAUUAACUUGAUUUAAUAUUGAUUGUUGUUGAGACCUCUCGAUUGCUUUCUUUUCAGUUUAAUGUUGUAAUGGUUUUAAAUGGCACUGAAAUGCUGACUGCAUCCUGCACUGCCUCCUAGUGGCUCUGUGCAAGAGAGAGUGGCCUAGUUCAGAAGAGGGAGAGAGAGAGAGAGAGUGUGUGUGUGUGUGUGUGUGAGAGAGAGAGAGAGAGAGAGAAUGAAGGGCUCUCCUGUUGUCCAGUUGGGAUGGGGUGUGUGCAUCUGAAUUCUACACAUUUUGUCCUCCCUCACUGAUGGAUCAGGAUAGGAAGGUGGAGGUUAUGCCACUUUUAACCUUCUCCAGGAUGGUCACUGUAUUGUCAGCUGGAUGGAGAUGAGUGGAAGACUUGGUCUGGCCCACCGGGAAGCACCCAGUGCUUAGCUCCUGUGGCUUGCUUACUUGAGGAAUAACUGGGCAGUCAAUGCUUUUAUGAGGGGAGUGUGAUUGAUUAGAAUGGUUUGCCUGAGCUUUUUAAACAACCUGCUACUGGUUCUCUAAUUGCUCACUCUUUGGGUUUUAACAUAACUUAUUUUAACUUUUCCUCGCAAAACUUUUCCAGUCUCCUGUGAAUUGGAUGAUGUGAUGGAUUGUUUCUGCUGAAGGUGGUGGGGUGCAAGGGUCAUUUAUGUUGGGACAAGGAGUGAUUUUUUUUCCACUCUCUCACAUUUCUCUCACUGUUGCCAAACUUUCAACUCUUGGCCAAAAGCUUUGUCAGUAAUUGCACUAAUAACCUUUAAGGAUGACUGCUGGUAUUUGGUAAGGGUAUAUCAAGCCCAUGACCCUUCUUCCCCUUGUAGAACUCUAACUUCUAAGGAGCUGUUGAUCCUUCCAUAAAUCGUUAGCCUCCCCUCUUUCCCAUUCACUGGCUUACUGGACUGUGUGUGUCUGGGCUACUCAGACAGUACUGCUGCUCUUAGACUCUGAUCAGUGAGCCUGACCUGGAAUGUGCCUUAAUUGUGUGGGUGAGGAAGUAGUGGGUACGUGCCAGCAGUAGUUCACCAGGCAAGGGUUACAUCAACAUACACUGUACUCCUGCAUGUGGGUGGAGUGUGUGACUGAUGGAGCUCACCAGUUGUGUUAUGUCUGUCUCUUCCUGUUGUAUCUGCAAGUGUUGUUCACAGCCUUGGGUCCACCUGAAGCUCCUCAGAACCAGUGAAGUAGCUCAGUAUGGUCACCAUACUAAGAAGCUAUCACCAUCAUAAAGAGCAUGAUGGAAGUGGGUGAAAGAUGGCAAUGGCCUGGAAUGUUUGCUCCAGCCAUGUCAUUUGUGGUUUAAUGUCCAAACCUGGAGCCCUGUUUGAUCCUACAAUCUCACAAACCCACUGAGGUUACCUGAAGACACAGUCGAUGGUUUGUCAGGGAGUUAGUCUUCUGUAUAUAAUGGACCAGAUCUUGAAAGCAGGAAAUGAGGGCUGUUGGCGGGGAUCAGGGUUAAGGUUCUGACCCGGGGUCGAUGAGCGAAAAUGGGAGGGGGGGUGGAGAGGUAAGGUUCUGACCCGGGGUCAGUGAGCAAGAGCAGGGGUAGCUAUUGACCCAGGGUCAGUGAGCGAGAGCAGGGAACAAGGGUUGUAGGCAGGGAGCAGAGGGUAAGGUUCUGACCCCAGGGUCAGUGAACAGUCAUUGUAUUGUCAUUGGUAUUUUCAAUACUUCUGACUUAAGCAUUGUGGACACAACAAUUCAGGCUGCUGUUCUGCAUGAGGCCCAUUUUCUGGGGAUCUUUCAAGUAGGUCUGAUCUACACUGGGUAAAAAAAAUCUGUUGUGUUGUUGAAGAGAAGGUGUUGUGGCCAACAUUUCACAGUCAUUUGCAUUAAAACCAAAUGCUGUGUACUUCAUCUUGUGGCUGUGUGUGGGAUCUUGCCCUGUGUCAGCUGGCUGCUGCGAUUUCCUCAUUUCAAUGGUGCCUACCACCUCUACACUGUGUUGAGAGUGUAAUGUGGUGGGUGUGAGAAGGCAGAGAGAUGUCCCACCCUUUCCCAUAAGUGACUUCACUACGAAGUGUCAAGCUGUAGUCAGUUGUUUGAAUGAUUUUUGUGAAUACAAAAUAAAAUGAUUUCAGUAAAA